AUUAUGUAAGCCUUAAGGGGGAUCAAAAAUGGCGUUGAAAGUCCCAUUUAAAGAAUACAACUAUGAAAGCAGAUUUAAAAUGCAUUACGGAAAAAAAGAAUGUUGACCAUUGAGGCUCUCCGUAUCUCAAUCAGCAGACGUUUAUUGAAUGCCACUUGACCAGACAGGCCAGGAGGAGACGCUUGUUUAACUGGCUGAUUUGGCGAAUGACGCUCUUCUGGAACCUGCGAAUUAGACAAGCUAGCUGGACGGCUACACCACGUUAGCUUUCUUGUGUCGUAGAUCCAAUACCAUCACUAGCUUGACUUUUAAACAACGAAUAGACCUGGCCCCUUUAGAGGACCGUGUUUCCAUUUUAUCGUAUUUGUCUGGGAUGUACGGAUGGAUAGUUGACGGAAUAACAUCGCUCUUUGAGCCCGUUGACGGGCAGAAACCCACGGGGUGGCCUGCUAACGUUACCAGGGAGAUACACACGCCAGCGGCAGCAACCGCGAAAGUGCAGCGGCAGGAAAGUCACGCCAGACCGGCUAAGAGGAACUAUCAGAGUGUUCAUGCCGCAGAUAAUGUUGCCCAGAACGACCAAGUGGAGAUCAAAAGGCGGAAAAGAGAUGUUGUUCUCAGCUUUGUGAAGAAAACAGUGGCUGGGGUUGCAAGAUUGUUCAGACUGCAUCGUCCUCCAUCCCCCACUGGAAAGAAGCACAGUCACUAUGCAGAUAUUCAGGUUGGCCCUGUCGCCCUGAUGGGGAUAGAUGAACUCAACACCUCAUGGACGAGUAGCUCUGAAUGGAUGAUGGAUAAGCAGCCAGCCACUGGACUGUGUGAGAGGGAAAAGGGAGGGCUGAACAUGUUCCCGAGCUCUACCCCGCCUCUGCUGAGGAAACAGGCCUCAUCCGCAGUCCCCGAGAGAGGGAAGGAAAGAGAGAACCCCCGGCGGCGCUCCGUUCAGCUGCUUCCCUCCUGGUCGUCCGUGGGUGCCGGUACCGGGACCUCCAACCCCGACCCGGUGGGCCCAGGCUCUGGAGCCCACCGCGGCCACAGAACCUGCCUGGCGGUGGAGCAGGCUUUGAAGGAGAGUGACCGGGAACACUACAGGCGGCUGGUGGAGAUGGUGUCUGAGAAGUACAGCAAGAGUCAACCGUUGCCCUUCAAUCGCACCAAGCCACAGUGUGUGCCACUUUCACAGGACGCACACAGACCUGCUUUACUUGGAAGAACUAGUGAGUCUGCAGCCAUGAAGCCCGGGCCCCUGAGAGCCCCCUCCAGUGUGUUCAUGUGGAGGGACGUGUCCUCAGCCAAGCAGACUAAAGACAGGAGAGGGGAGAUGUGGAUCAAUCACACUCUGACUGGAUCAGUGGACACGCAAGCUAUCAGCGGGGCCUCCGCGGAGGUGGACCUGUCUGCCGAGGUGGCUGCUCGGCUCAAUCUGCAGGACAGGGACACCCCGGCGCUGGCACAGACCGACACACACACCACACAUACCACACAUGCACGCCACAGCGACGAGGACCUCCCUAGGCUGACCAAGGAGAUGGCGGCGGAGGUGAGCCGCGCUCUGGCUCAGAGAGAUCCUAACCUGGUGUUAAGCUCCGCCUUCAAACUCCGCAUCACCCAGCGAGACCUGGCGACGCUGCAGGAGACGAGCUGGCUCAACGAUGAGGUGAUCAACUUCUACCUGUCCCUGGUGGCGGCGCCGAGCUCUGCCCAGGGGUCGGGGGGGCUCCGGGUCUACGCCUUCAGCACCUUCUUCUUCCCCAAGCUGCGGGGCGGGGGGGCGGGGGGAGGGGGGCAGCCGGGAGGGCACCCUGCCGUGAGGCGCUGGACCAAAGCCGUGGACCUCUUCCAGUACGAAGUCCUGCUGGUCCCCCUGCACCUGGGAGUCCACUGGUCUCUGGCGGUGGUGGAUUUCAAGUCCAGGUCAGUGAGGUCUUAUGACUCUAUGGGGCAGAGACACGAUGACAUCUGCAGCAUGUUACUGCUCUACCUGAAGGAGGAGCACAAGGCCAAGAAGGAGCGAGAGAUGGACAUCUCCAAGUGGUUCAUAGGCAGCAUGAGGGCCAGUGAGAUUCCCCAGCAGAAGAAUGGUAGUGACUGUGGAGUGUUUGCCUGUAAAUAUGCUGACUACAUAUCCCAGGGACGCCCCCUCACCUUCAGACAGUGUCACAUGCCCCUUUUCAGGAAGUUGAUGAUUUGGGAGAUUCUAAACCAGAGGCUGCUGUAGAAAUCUCUAUUAUCUCAAUACUACAAACCCUUUUGGGAGACGACUAUAUAAACUGUACGAAUGGACAGCCAAUGUAAAUAAGACAACAAGAUGCCAAAACGGGCAACAGCAAUGAACAGGAGCGACGCUGCUGAAGAAAGGGAUUGGAUGAGAAAUGCUGUCCCAGCACCCCCCAGUCUACAGCCUGCUGGACUGGGAGAAAGGAGUUGUCUGGGCCUAGAAAAAACCUAGUCUUAAUGCUGAAAUGUCUAUAGAAAUGAAGUCAUUCCCAGCCUAGAACCAUCUUUAAUUUUGUUGAGAUUGAUGGCCUGGACUAGCAUUAGCACUGACCAAAUGGCUCAUUUAUGUUCUCAUGUAGAUCGAUUGUAUUUAGUUAGAAUGUGCCCUAACACUGCCUUAAGUGCCUUGAGUAGGUCUGUAUUAGCUCUCCAGGCAUGAGCUUUGACAUAUUCUGCAGUGUUAUUGUAGGUUAUUAUAAAACUUCAGCUUUGUGUGGAACAGGAGUUAAGUAUAAGUUAUUAUUCUAUAGGCCCUUUAUUUUUGUAAGUUAUAUGUGGAGUCAGAUGAGGAAUGCAUUUGUUUGGAGUGUUGCAAAAUGUUACUCUGUAAAGAGAAUUUGGCAAAUGAAGUGUUUGAAUAUUUCUCAAACAACUUGACUGAGUUUGGCAGUUGAUCCAUGGACUGGAAGAGGGGUGUGUGUGAGCGUGUGCAUAGCUGGAGCUGUUGUGUGCUUGUAUGUAGUGAUGCAUGACCAUCUCGGAAACCCCUGUCACAGACUGUGGAACCUUUGCAAUGUGGAAGUAUUUAUUUGGGUUUUGCUGGUGCAUCAUGAAUUCUUACAAUGUUUAUUAAACAUAAUUGAAUUUU